AUGGCAAAAGUUUUUGACUACCUUGCCGUUCUAACGCAUAGAACCAUAUCAAGUGUGCGAGUGAGUGCGAAACUGAUAGUGUGCUGUUUACUGAUUAUGGUGAAUUCGAAUAUACUUGCACUGAAGUGUGUCUGCAAUCCAACCGAGUGCGAUAUUAUCAGAGCAGAAGAUUGCCCCGGGAAAGGAUACACAAUCUGGGACCCUUGCAGGUGUUGCAAAGUUUGUGCACGCACAAUCGGAGAAGCAUGCGGAGGCCCAGGAGAUUUCUCUGGCACGUGCGAACCACAUUUGAGCUGCGUUUCUAAAGCGCCCUUUGGAGGACCAGGAAUUUGUUUGGACUUGCCCAAACACGAUAAGGAAGAUCCGGAACACUAUCAAAACUGUACCGAAAAAGUCACCGUUGAAACGGGAUGUGAAAUUGUGAACCGAAAAUGUCGCUGUUGGGACACAAUGCAGUUGUGUAAGAACAAAUCUAUCACCAAGUGGGAAUUUGACAAUUUAGAGGAAUGUCGGUUGAACGUGGCCAGCCUCGUUAAAUCCGAACUGGACUUCGACGAAGACUACACCGUUCCUCCGAGAAAUGCAGCAGGAAAAUCUGCUUUGAAAAAAAGACUGUUGAAAGGAGAAAUCCAGGGAGCAAUUAGGCUAAUACGUGGUUUUACGAUCAUAAUACCGGCCAACAAAGUGUCAAUUACAUCUAGUGAUACAAACUUGUAA